AUGUUCUCUUUUAUAGCUCUAUCAAAGAGUUUCCCUACAUACCGUCCUGGUCCAUACCGUCCACCAGUCUUCCGUCCAUACGACUUUAACGAAUACGAGUAUGACGAAUCCAACCCAGGCAGCAUCCGCAUCUCAUACAGACACAACGCUUAUGAGUCCGACGAAGAUGGCAACGGUGUCCGCAUCAGCUACCACUGGCACAAUCCAUGGGACAUUGGUGCAUGGUACGAACGCAACGGUGAAGAAUACGACGAUGCUAACUGGAGAGCUGGCGUUGAAGUCAGAUACACAUGGAACGGAGAAGAGUACGACGAUGCUAAUCCAUGGGACAUUGGUGCAUGGUACGAGCGUAACGACUAUGGUGUUUCCAUCGGCUACUCAUGGAACGGCGAAGAAUACGACGAAUCCAACCCAGGCAGCAUCCGCAUCUCAUACAGACACAACGCUUAUGAGUCCGAUGAAGAUGGCAACGGUGUCCGCAUCAGCUACCACUGGCACAACCCAUGGGACAUUGGUGCAUACAACGAGCGCAACGACUAUGGUGUUUCCAUCGGCUACUCAUGGAACGGCGAAGAAUACGACGAUGCAAAUCCAUGGAAAGUUUACUGGCGCAACGCUUAUGAGUCCGACGAAGAUGGCAACGGUGUCCGCAUAAGCUACCACUGGCACAACCCAUGGGACAUCGGUGCAUGGUACCAACGCAAUGGCGAAGAAUACGACGAUGCUAAUCCAUGGGACAUUGGUGCAUGGUACGAGCGUAACGGCUAUGGCGUUUCCAUCGGCUACUCAUGGAACGGCGAAGAGUACGACGAAUCCAACCCAGGCAGCAUCCGCAUCUCCUACACACACAAUGACUAUGAAUAUGAUGAUGACAACUGA